AUGAACAGCCCCGAGACUGAUUAUGCACUUCUUCGGAGAUUCGACACCAUCUUUCUGAUCGAUGAUAGCACCAGCAUGAGAGGUCAAAACUGGCACGAGACUCUUGGUGCUCUGGUUAAUAUCUCACCAAUAUGCACCAAACACGAUCCAGACGGCAUUGAUAUAUAUUUUCUAAAACACCGUAACCCGAAUGAUACUCAAGGAGCCUUUAGAAUGGUCACCACCCCUCAAAGUGUCGAAAAUAUCUUCAGACCUGUCUAUCCACAUGGAGAUACGCCAAUCGGGGCUAGACUGAAGGAAAUCCUAGGGCCCUAUAUGGAAGAUCUUGCUGAGUCGCUGCGGCAUAGAAGAACAGAUACAAACUCAACAGUUCGACCUAUCAAUAUCAUUGUUAUUACUGAUGGGAAGCCAACUGAUGAGUUAGAAAACGAUCUUGUUGCUACUAUUGCAGCCACGGCAAAGCAACUAGAUAAUUGGGGUGCGGUCAAGUGGCAGGUUGGAAUCCAGUUCUUCCAGGUCGGCGAUGACAAAGACGUGACCAAGUACUUGAAGUAUCUAGAUGAUAACCUUGCUGGAGAUUACGGAGUCAGAGAUAUUAUUGACACGGUGACCUGGGAUAAAGAUCCUGGUGAACUUUCUGCCAACACUAUCCUAAAGGUGGUACUGGGAGCUGUUGACCGAAGGUACGACCGUCAGUGA